AUCGUGUUGGGUCUGAACAACACUCCGGACAGGGUGCCGGAUCUGUGCGUUUUCUACAAUAGUGAUUUUAUAGUGUACUCGUCGCUCAGUAGUUUUUAUAUACCGUGUAUCAUAAUGGUGUUUUUAUACUGGAAUAUUUUUAAGGCCCUUCGAACGCGAGCGAAAAAGCAACGAGCCGCUCGAAAACCGCACAUAUCGGAAAUCACCGCCGGCGGAAGUCUGAUGGAGAACAUUGCUCAAACCAAGAUCACCUCGGAAGCGGGAGCCCAGUUGGACGGAAGCACGAAGAGUGGCGGAUCGUGCAAAAUCCUACCGGACGAGGCGCCCACGAAUACGGCCUCCGGUUCCAACGAGGAGGACGACGAUCAGGCCGGUGUGGUGGCCCAGAUCACAACCACUCAGAUUCCCUCGGACCCGAACGGGAAUCACGAUUCGGGCUACGCGGCGUCCAGCAUCGGGACCGAAAUCCUCGGAGACACACCGCAGACGCAGCAACUGCAGCAACAACCGCAUCAACACCAUCAACAGCACCAUCCCAAUCAUCAAGCGAACAACAACAAGGGAUCAUCGCCACCCGGAAGUCCGAACGUUUUAGCCGGGGCCACCGUCAUUGUAAAUAAAAACGCUACGCUUAGAAGUAGGAACGGAUCGCCGCGGAAGGAGGCGGGUGUAACGCUCAAGCCACUCUCCCUGGUCCGAUGUGGAGUUCAACAGGCCCUGGCUCUGAACCGGAACGACUCGACGCUAUCAACGAAUUCCAACUCCCGCGAUAGUACCCGGAAGGAGAAGAAGGGCAGCCAGCAAGCCUCCAGAUUCACCAUCUACAAAGUGCACAAGGCGUCCAAAAAGAAGCGGGAAAAAUCGUCAGCGAAAAAGGAACGCAAGGCGACCAAAACGUUGGCUAUCGUGUUGGGUGUCUUCCUGAUCUGCUGGGUGCCAUUCUUCACCUGCAACAUCAUGGACGCGAUGUGCACCAAGCUGGACAUGACCUGCCAGCCGGGCGUGACGGCCUUCAUCCUGACGACCUGGCUCGGGUACAUGAACAGCUUCGUCAAUCCGGUCAUCUACACCAUCUUCAAUCCGGAGUUCCGGAAGGCGUUCAAGAAGAUCAUGCACAUCGAGUGAGUGGGACGGAUUCGGCCGGGUCGGGCAGGUCUGGCUCUGGGAGAUCUGUCCUCCGGUGGGAUGGUCACAAGAGGUGGCGUCGAGACGACCGGAAGUGGGGGUGGUGGCGGCGUCUCCUUCGGUCCACGGACGCUUGGCAACUGGCGGCACCGGACUAUUCACUAGUUAGUAGCCAGUCGACGUUCCUGUAUAGUAUAGCUCUAGAAAGAUAAAAAGGAGAAGACGGACCUAAAGUACAUACAUACAAAAAAAAGACACACACGCUCACAAAAAAGAACGGUACCAGUUGAGUUCAGUUUAGCUGAAAUAAACAAUUUUUUUCUCUGCUCCUUUCCAGGUUGUUGCAUUCUGGCAGCUUCUGCUGCCAGGAAAAAAAGCUGGUCUUGCAGCAAUUCUUCCCUCAAAUUGCUGUUAUUUUUCUCCUCCGAAGUUCUGUUUCGGAUUGUGCCCGGAUGCAUCCAAGUGGUAUUUGUUCGGGUGGUUUCUGGUUUCUUUCCUGGAUCAUUUUUUAGAGCUAUUUUUUAAAUUUUUUUUCCUUCUCUUGUUUUGUGCUGCUGAUGCUCAACUUCAUAAAUUUGUUUGAUAUUGCAACAGAUAGACUUCCACAGUUUUCAGUUUUCAGCUAACGAAUCUGCUGCUUCUGUUUCGGAUAAGCGUCAUCAUUAGGAAGAUGUACAAAGUGGAUCAAAAUUUCGGAAGCAAAUUAUGGCGGAUUCGUUUACUAAAUCAAGACGAGAAAUUAACAUAGCAAAGAGGAUUUAGAAACAUGAAUCAGAGAGAUCAAGCAUUUAAAACCGAAUUUAUCAAAUUUCAGAAGACUUAUUCUCAAUCUAAAACAAGAUAAUUUGAAUCAGUUGCCAAUGCCAGUCGAAACAAAAAAAUAACAGGAUUCACUGUAAUUUCUGUUUUUUUUUUUCAACAGGUUUUAAAAGUUUAUUCCGAUUUCAAUAAAAUUUCCAAAAAUUUUUA